AUGACAGCAACAAACAACAACAGUAACUUUAUCAUUUCUGAUGAACAAGUUAUUGAUUCAUUAGCUGAGGAAUUAGUUGUGGCAGAAACUAAAACCCUCAACGAAAGAAUUGGUGAAAACAAGAUUGAUUUACAUAACUACCUCAAACAUGAUGGAGGAAGAGGAAGGAAAACUGGUAUGGCUUUAUUAGUAAAUAAAAUUUCAAAUUUAACGAUUAUAGAUGUUGAUAUCAAUAAAUCAUACAAUGAUGAACUUAAAGAAACAGUUAGAAAAGAUAUUUUAUCAAAACUUUCGGAUAAAGAUGUUAUCGUUAAAACCGCUUCAGGAGGUCUUCACAUUUAUUGCAACACUAAUUUCUUCUAUGCAGUUUCGAACAGAAUGAUUAAAUGUUAUUCUUGCAAUGAUUAUGAUAUUGACAUAAUGACUUCUAUUGAUGAUUCAAAGCGUUCUUUAGUGGUUAUGGCUGAUUCAAGAGUUCGCAAGA